AUGGCUCCCUCCUUUGCCUCUCUCCCGAGCUUCCUUUUGCUCCUAGCUGCCGCUUUGCUGCCAACGGCCCAUGUGGCGGAAGCGGGACGUGGUCUUCUCCAAGCGCCGCUGGUGAAGGACGUCUCGGAAUUCUGCUCUGUCCAGCGGAGGCCCUUCCGGUUUGUCACCCACCUGUUCCCAGGGCAAGUGGCCCGCGGAGUCCAGAUAGACUACUGCCACAACCUGUACCCCAACCUGGGAACAGUCACAGGCACCACCACUGAGACUGCGCUGCCCGGCGGCGGCCGCUUUGUCCAGGUGUCAAUCACCGCAACGAACGUGUUCGCAGUCGGUUUCCUUAACGACGCCACUAACAACCGGACGUACCCUCUUCUGGGUGCGGACUUCAGCGUCGGGGACCAGAGCCUUGAUAAGCUAACCCCACGCGGGCUUGACAUCUCACCCCUUUACAUCAUGGAUUCGGGGGAUGGUGCUCGGCUCUACGGAUGUAGAGUGCUGAUCCUGACGUCAGAACGCCCAGAUGCUGACGCAAGACACAUCCGCGCCGCAGGCUCGCCGUUCCCGUCCCUGCUGGACUUGGACGCCAAUAUCGACGACCUUCGCGGCGUGGCGACCGGCCCCAUCCGCCAGAACAGCUACCAGAACGUCGCCGUAGGCACUCCCGGGCAGAUCACCGUCGUCCAGGUCAGCGUCGCGCCUUCCAACCCGGGCGACCUGCCGCCGUUCACCGACGAGAACGUGGACCUGUCGGUGCUUUCUCCCAACCCGGGCCUGCAAGCGCAGGUGCAGGCGGUUCUCGCCCAGGUCACAACCGUUCCGGUUCCGGCCCUCCUUUUCCUGGACGAACCCGCGCCGACCAGUGCGCCCGGCGGAACCUGCAACCCGACAUCCAACCUCCCUAACCAGUGCUAUGACGCAACCGGAACCGUCUUCGUUUGCUGCCCCGGUUCGUGCGGUGCCAACAGUGCUGGCGACCCGCAAUGCGCAUAA